AUGCCACCACGUUCCUCCAAAUCUACCGACGAUUUCCUGCUUUCUCCCGGUCAAUUGACCCGUCCUCCACCAUCUCAAUAUUAUACCUAUCGCAUUCAACGAGGCGAACAGGGAGUUCUAACAUAUGAGCCUUACAAAUCCUAUCUCCUACCUCUUUGGCGAUUCCGAACUCCCUCGAUUGCAGAAAAGUCAUCGAACGCCUUAUAUGGAGAAUUUUUACGUUUUUAUAAGGAAGAUGAUUUUGUAGGUAUGGAUAUGAGUAGAAAAUUUAUACAAAUGGGUAUGACGCGAUCGAAACGUUAUGCGAAUCAUAAAGGGGGACGAAAAUACGAUAUUGGAAAAGAUGGGGUAAAAGUGGAAAUACAAAAGAGUCAAGGGCACAAAGGACAGGAAGACAAACUGAUCGCUAGUGGCAUAUUUAAAGAAAUGUGGGAAAGGUGCCGGGGGCAUGAAGGAUACAAAGUUUUGAAGGAAAAGUUUCAAAAGGAGUUGAAGGAUCGGAUAAGUGUCCACGGAGAGAAGACACGGAAUGAUGAAGAGAGUUUGGAAGUAAAGGGGCAGGAAGAAAGUGGAGAAGCAAAAUAUAUAAAAUAA